CCUUGAUUCAAAAAUUUGUUCUGCAUUUUCAAAAAUCACGGCGCAAAGCUGGCCUACUAAGGUCCAGCUGAUUGUAUGUACAAGUCGCCAAUAGCAUUGCCCAAUCAUUCCUCCACUGCUUAAUCAAUGUCCAUAGCAGUCACUUAUCCAAGCGAUUGUAGGAUGAUAGCUACAACGCGAGUCCGUCUUCUCUCUAUGUCCAUAAGAAACACCAUGAUCAUUAUAGGGCGGUAAAACUCUUGACGUAAAACCUCCUGGCGUCGUAAGCUUUAGUUCGCUGGUAGCAAGGAUUACUCCUCGAUGCUAUCGAGCGUUCUAUCAUGCGGGUUGCUGAUAGAAACUCUUUCAUGGCAGUUGACCUAUUGCAUGAGCCAGAAAUCCCAAUAUACACACUCUGGCUGCUUUCCACCCUUCGCGUUUUACGGUAAAAAAAUUCAAAAUCAAAUGAGCCACUCGAUGAUAGGUGCGGUUCAAAACGCCGAUGGGUGUCUAUGCAGGUUUAUCCUCUUAACGCCGUCCAGGUAAACAAAAGGUCUUAAAGUCGAGAAAUAUAUGUUGCAGAUAUUGCUAUUAGGCUUUCACAGCCAAACACCGCCUUCAAAGCGACGUCGCCUUAGGAAGAUAGAUGGAGUUAGAUCGGUGGGUUGUCGAUAUCGAAUGGAGUAGCCCAGCCGGAGUUCAAGCAGAUGCCCGUCGACAUCUUAUCAAAAAAAAAAAAAAA